UAACACUAAUAAAGCGGGUAUUUACGGAUCGGAUAGCUGAACGGGUAACGAGUCAGGUAACGAGACUAGUAUUAAAAAAAAUUCAAUAUUUGAUACUCGAUCUUUACUUACGGGUACUAGAAUUACAAUACUAUUAUUCGACCCUAAAGUUACAAAUACCAUUUAUUCGAAACGGGUACGAGUCAGAUAACUGAUCCAAUACAAAUAACAAAUAUCAAUGUCCAGCCCUAAGGCCUACGACCCAAAAAGAGAAAAAUAAAUAAACCAUUAGGUUAUGGAAGUCAUUGAACCUUCUGAAUAUAAUUAAAAAACGGUCUAUUUGCCCACGAAAAGUAUCGCAUCACGCCAGAUAGAACCCGUUCUUUGAUCCCGGUCCAGAUGUCCAUAAAAUGGAAGUUAAAUACCUAUUUCCCCAUGAAUCAAAAGUUUGAUAGCUAAAUGUCCCCGAAGUCGAGAUCUAAAAUCCCACAGAGCUGGGUUUAAUCGGUCUACUGUAUACCAAACUGAUGAUUUAACCAACUAAACCUAAUUAUAACCAGACUUAACCUUAAUUUCAACUCGUUUACAACCCAUUGCAUUCUAAUAACCAAAAAAAAAAACCCAAAUCGAAACCCUAAAAUCUAUUAUCUCUAAAUCGACGAACCCUAGAGAGAAUCAGAGAAAUCGCUUCAAAACAGUUGCUCAAGAUCGAAGCUUCAAUGUCGUUAGUCCUUCAUGACCAUGCUGUUGUUGGUGAUGUCGAUUUUGAAGCUAAAGACAAAGAUCAAUUUCAAAUGGAAGAAAUAUUAAAGGAGUGGACCGACGAACCACCAAUCUGCCACGAUGUGUACCCGGAGAGUGAUACUGAAGAAAACGAUGACGAUCCUGGAAAAUUUCAUACACAUAUCAGGCACAAAGAUGGGCAUUUGUACCCGAAGCAGAGUUUCUUCAGUGGAGUUGCAUUCAAAGAGGCGGUUGUUGAUUACGCUCUAAGAAAUGGAUGUAAUCUGAAGCAGUGCAUGUAUGAUAAGGAUAAAAUUGGCUUCAAAUGUGUUGGUUGUGAUGGUAAGGAUGAUGGAGCUCGGUGUGAUUGGCAAGUAUAUGGCGCGAUUAUCCCGAAUGAUCGAAAGUGGAAGAUUAGGAAGUUCAUUGGCAAACAUAGCUGUAUCUCAAAUGGAGAAUGUGAGAUGUUUAAGGUACCGCAUAUAGCUUUGUUGUUUGUUGAUAAGAUCAGGGAUAAUCCUAAAUUAUACUUGCCUGCGAGGCUUGAAGAAAUCAUAGUGGAACAAUGGAAGAUCAGUGUCACUAGGAAUCAAUGUCAGGCUGCGAGGAAGAAGACAUUGCAAUGGAUUGAGAAGGAGUACGAUGAUGAGUUUGCAAAAUUACUAAGGGACUAUGCAGCUGAGAUACUUGAUGCAAACAAGGAUUCACACGUUGAGGUUAUAUGCUUGUUUUGACAACCUUAGAAGGACAUGGAAGGAGUCUUGUAGGCCUCUAAUAGGCAUUGAUGGUUGUUUUCUAAAGAAUAAGGUUAAGGGACAGUUACUGGUAGCAUUAGGUAGGGAUGCAAACAAUGGUAUCUAUCCUAUAGCUUGGGGGUGGUUAAAGUAGAGAACAUAGACAAUUGAGUUUGGUUUGUGAAGCUGCUGAAAGAAGACUUUGGAUUAAGCGAUGGUGAAGGCUUCAUCAUGAUCUCAUAUAGGGAAAAGGUAGCUUAUCUUGUCUUUUGCUGUUUUGUUUUGUCUUUUCAUUUUGUGGCAUGAUUUCUUAUGUUUUUUCUAUUGUUUCAUGGUUAAUCAAAGUUGUUCAGCUUGAGUUAUCCAAUAUAGAGCAUUAGACAAAGUAUCUUCCACCUUCUCAAAUAAUUCUUUCUCUUAUCUUCAUUUGGACCUUUUCAGAUCCCACCUUCUCAAACUCUAACCUCUGUGUUCUAUGCUCUUUCAGCUCCUGCUCAAGUUCACCAUUUUUGCUGUCAAUGUUUCUAUCUCAUUGAGAAAGGCUUCAUCUUCCCAUCUGAAAGUGUGAUCAUCGUUCCUUAGCUACAAAUGAACAUUGAUCUUUCAAGAUUAGAAGAAUCUAAAACAUGAAAACAUAGGAAAUAGAGGAUUGACAUUACCCUAUCUUUUGCAGCAAAACCGCGGCGAAACUAUCUCUUGUAAGGAUUCGGAUUGGAUUUGGAAAUGAGUGCCACGAUUCCUUCCCCGCACCAACAUCUCUUUGGCACUCCGACCACUCUUCCUCUUCUACGAGGACAUGUAGAUCCCGUCGAACUCAAUGAUAGAUUGCUCAUCCUGAAACUCGAAAUCGAGUUUUCAAAUCGAAUUUUGGAAAUUAAGACUUCGAUUUUAGGGUUUUUGAGUUUUGAAUUUGCGGAUUUGGGGAUUUUGAAUUUUGGAAUUUAAACGACAACGGGUCGGAUUGUAAUAAAGAAUCAGUUUUUUUUUUAGUUACGACCCGUAAGUUGUUUCGUCUCGGGUUUAUGCACCAACUCGACGUAACUACGAUUCAGGGACAUUUAGCUAUCGAACUUUUGAUUCGUGGAAAAAUAAAUAUUUCACUUUUAUUUCAUAGACAUCUGAACCGGGAUCAAAGAACGAACUC